GCAAAACGCGACUUUCGGGAUACCGCUGCGAUCCAUCGUCGCACUUCAACGAGUGACUCUCCCGAUGCGAUCCCGAGCACGCUUGUUUGGGCUAACCCUUCCAGCGAGAUCAGCGAUGGGCUUUUAGGGGUGGGUAAGGAUCAGGGUAACUAAGACCCCCCCGACGACGAUCAGAAUAUGCUGUCACAGCCCGGGUAAGCGUCCUUACAGGGGGAAAGGGUGGUGUGCCGCAGUUGACUGAAUCGGACUGGGCGGUGUGUUUUAAUGGAAACUUCUUUGGGGAGAUUGAGGAGGGACGAAAAACCGCACGUGACCGCUUUCUUCGGGGCAAGUUUUCUGCUCGCUUCCUGAAAACUUCCUGCAGAGUUUUCUUUCCUCCGUUGCUCAAAACGCUGAUCCUAAGCGCGAUAAUCAGAAAGUUGUUCCGCCGACAUCAGUGGAUCUUAUGUUACAGCGUUAGGGUUACGCAGGAACGGAUUUUCAGUGUCCCAGGUCAGUUCUGCAAAAGCUUUGCUAAAGUACCUUUGAGCACAUGCAGAGUUGCCUUUCCUCUUUGCGGAGAGAUCACAACCCAUCCCCAGCCAUCUGCGAGUAAGGGGGAACGACGUUCCGGCCUGUCUUGUUUGGAGUUACGAGACUGCUUCUUUCCUCCAUCGUUCAUUUUAAUUACUUGUGGUACCACCAACACUUUGUUUGGCUGGCAAGUCAGAACAUGAGCAGCCUGCGGCAAUAUAACACCCGAAGAUGGCAGGGCUGCAGGAGCUCGGGGACCCUCUGGAGGAGGGUGCCUUGGGGGCUGUGGAGCCACAUAGCUCCUGCUUGGCCGGCAACCGGCUCAACUUAGACGUCUACACAGAGGGCUGUCACCUGUUCCUCAAGCUCUUUGAGGCAAGGAGGGAUGAAGUAGAACAAGUGGAGUUCUUGAGGCUGAGCUGCAAUGAGACCUCCAUCACUUCUGCGCUGACGAAGAUUCCUACGCUGAAGGGCCUGAAAUCCCUCGUGCUCAAAGGAGGUCACACCAGGGAUGAAUUUGGUGCCAGCCAAAGAGGACUGCUGGCAUCCUUGCCACAGAGGUUCAGGGAAUUAAGCUGCCUUACUCAUCUCGAUCUCAGCUUCAAUACCUUUGUGGCAUUGCCACCCUGUAUUACUGAGCUGGCCAACCUCAGCUGUCUCCUGGUGUGUCACAACAGCUUGCAGCAGCUGCCAGAGAAUUUUGGCCAGCUCACCAAGCUGACAUUCUUCUCUGCCAUGAAGAACCAACUUACAGGUCUGCCACAGAGCAUAGGGGAGCUGGUGGCACUGCAGAGACUGGACCUUUCCGAAAAUGCACUGGAAUCCCUUCCUGAAGAUAUCGGAAAUCUGCUUAGUUGCACAGAGCUGGAUCUCUCAGGAAAUUUGUUAAGCGGAAUCCCCAACUCCCUUGCUCAUUUGCAAUCUCUGCAGCAGCUGCACCUUCACAGCAAUCUUUUAGUGACAGUUCCUGCAUCUCUUGCCCGCCUUCCCAACUUGUCCAGGCUUGAUCUGCAGAAUAAUAAGCUGCGCUCUGUCCCUCCAGAGAUCCAGAGCUUCCCCUUUGUGCAUCUCCGUGGUAAUCCUCUAGGAGAACCUGAGGUGCCUCUGCAACCUGACGGCUCACACUCAGAAAAAUUACCGAAACUGUUUCUUGAAGCUGGCAAGGAUAGCUUUACUGUGACCCCUGAAGGCUGCAGAGUUUCUUUGGCUUGUGGUGUCCAGUUUUGUUUUCCCCGGGGAGCUGCCUCUACUUCUGUAACAAUCCACUUCCAAAAAUGCUCCCCAGAUCCUCACUGGCUGAAGCUGAAGCACCAUGACAUCCUGCUAAGUGAAGUUCUGGAACUGCAGCCUCACAGGAUUGAUUUCAAAGCAGCAGUGCAGAUUGGGAUGCCAUAUGCUUCUCCUCAGAGGCUGCAUGACCGUGAGAUCAUAAUUCGAACCUUCAGUGGGCAGAGCUGGAAUGAUUUAGGAACCAGAGUAAAAGGAAAAGGAAAGAAGCGUUUGGCAUGCUGCAGUGUCCCUCAUUUCUCCUGGUUUGUGGUUGUAUCUCGAUUGGUUGAGAAUGAACGCAAAGUUCCUGAGGAGGGGGCUUUGCUUUUUUCAACUGUAGAUCCCAACAUCAAAGUGACUUUUCCUCCUGGUGUGACCAAGGAGACUAGGACAGUGAAGCUCCAGGUGCUACCUGUGUCAGCUGAGGAGCUGCAGGAGAUUACAGAUGAUCCUGAAACUGUUGCUGGCCCCCUUCUCUGCCUUUCCCAGAAUGCCACUGUGGACUUCCUCCAACCUGUUAAAAUUCAGCUCCCACUACCUCCAGGGGUCACAGGUUUAACCUUGGAUCGUUCCAGGAUACAUCUGUUGCAUGGUGACUGGAAUGCUCAGAACUGGGAUGACAUCACAGAUCAGGUGGUGCUGGAGUUCACCCAUCUCUAUGUUUUGUUUGAAGUCACACACUUUUCUUGGUACUGGUUAUGGUAUACCACCAAGACCUAUAUUGGUGGUUUAGCCAUGGAGGUCUAUAAGAGGCUACGCAUGUACCAUGUGAACUUCAUAGCACUACAGAGGAAGAAGGAUCCUGAACAGGUCUUGCUCCAGUGUGUCCCGAAGCACAAGGUCGAUCCUGUUCUGAAAAAACUCCAUGACAGAUACCGAGGACCAGAGCCAUCCGACAUGGUGGAGAUGUUUGAAGGCGAGCAGUUUUUUGCAGGCUUUGAAUGCGGCAUUAGCAUUGAUGCAGACCGCCCAGACUGCAUCGAUGGAAGGAUUUCAUUCAACUUUUUUUCUCACUUGAAAAAUGUGAAAGAAGUCUAUAUCACCUCUGAAUUGGACCGAAAAGCCAACUCUGUGAAAGGGCAGGUUUCCUUUUACCGAGGAGGCAUUCCAGAGAACAUUCCUGAAGAGGUUACCAAGAGGAGGAAAGGCCCUGAUUCCCAUUGGCUAGCUACCUUGCCAAUCAAGCUACCUAAACUGAAAUCUCAAGCAAAUGAGCAACCUACAAUUCAAAAUGGCUUCUCUCUCCCUCCUCUGAAUUUGGGGAAUGCUGAGACAGGCUACUUAACACAGUCUAACCUGCUUAGCAUCGCUGGGCGCAUUGGAGCUGAUUGGCAAUCGAUUGGCAUCAACCUGGGACUGUCCUAUCAGCAGAUACAGCAGAUAAAAUACAAUAACAGGGAAGACCUCAGUUCUCAGAUUCUGAAUAUGCUCUUCUCUUGGGCUCAGCGAAAUGAAAAGAACUCUGACUGUAUUGACAAGCUGAUCAACGCCAUGAAGGCGAGUGACCGCCAAGACAUAGCAGACGAGAUCACAGCCAUUAUUGUGCUGGGCAAGCAGAAAUACAGGGAGUCCAUCCGGAGGGUGGGCCUGGACCAAGAAAGUAGCACUGAGGACUCAGCGAUUGCCAUGGUGUAGCCACGGGUGGAAGGUCUUCAUCGCCUUACCAUUGUAUGCAAUGGGCAUGCUGGGACUGCAUAAUGGAGAGACAGCAGAUCAGUGUGUUUCCGGCCACUGCAAGAGUUGCGGUGGUUGAUAUUGUGCUUCUGUUAAUGUAUACUGUGCACUAAUACUGUAACAUUGUCAAGCCUCUGCAUGUUCUCACUGGAGACUGCUGGAACAGGAAUGACCAUCUCAGGCUAGAACUGAAGUGCUGAGCAGCAGUGAAGUAGAGACAAUUUAAGCCCUAAAUUUUACCAGUUUUGUAGCACUAAUAUGUGAUGUAUUUAUUUUGUCUCUGUUGCUGUGUCUAUAGAAAAAUGUCCAUUAAUACUAGGGGUUUCCAAUGUGGUGCCCAUGGGCACGGUGAAGCUGCAAAGUGAAGAGCUCUGCUGCAGCACCACCUCUAUUUGGGUUCAAAGCAGUGGUUGUGCAUUUUGUACUUCUGCUUUGUACUUAGCUUCUUGGGCAAGUUAGUUUUAUUUUAGUUAUAGCAGUCUGAAAUGAAUGCUCUUCUUCGUGGUCUCUGCGCAUUACACAAAUGGGUUCUGCAGCUGCGUUCCUGGGAAGAUUUGGAAGCCGAGUGUGGGAAGCUCCACUCACCCUUGCAUUGUCCUGCAUUAAUGUAUUUUCCAUUCCAAACUGAUGAAAGGUUGUGGUUGUUCAUUAGGAAGAGUUCAGAUGCCUUCACAGCCCCCCAAGUCACCUGGCUGCCAAUUGAUUUGAAUACCUGGAGGACCCAUCUGGUGUAGGGAGCGGGAAAGGAACCAUACCUUACCUGCUAUCAGAUUUCCAUCUGCUUAGUCUGGCAAGAUCUCUGGCUCUGUCACUUCCUCUCAUAUUGGCUCAGAGAGAACACGCUGACACGCUCACUAUCAGGCCUUCUAAACUCCAGCAGGAGCCUGCCCUGUUAGGAUCAGCCCGAUCCUUCAAGCCUUCCUCUAAGAGAGAGACCUUGGUGGGGGUCAAGAAAUGUGCCUGAGGUGCACUGGUGCCUACAGGCUGCAUGUGGUCUGUGCCUAGUCUAAGACUUAAUUUGUUGGGUUCCUUUUUUGGGUACCUGUGUUUUGACAUUUGUCUGUACAGGGGAAGUGCACGUGUUCUGUGCUUCAACCCGGGAGAGAUUAAAUUGGACUUGUUGCCUUUAUAAGAAGUGGAAUUUUGUUUGCUCUUAUGCACCAUUUAGUGUUUUAAAUAUGGACGUGAAGAUUAGAAAUAAGACUGUAUAGGAAAAAACAAGGCCAAGGCUGUCUGUUGUAUGACUGCACUGCAAAAAUGAAGAAAUCAGAAUUGUAUACAGGUUAGUAUCUAUGAAACAUUCUCUUUCAUUAAAAAGUCUAGCUGUGAAGACUACACAGAGAGACUUGGAAGUAUACACACUUGCUUUGGAUACAAAAUAUUGGUUUAGCACCAAGGUUACCCUAAUUCGUUAUCUAGAAAUGAUAAAUUCAACGGUCUUUAUCUGUUUAUUGUGUAUAACUCGACUAUUGUUAGGCAGUGGGAAAGAAGGGUAAAGAACAACACAGAAAUUCCAGGACAGUUUCUGAUAUUUUGACUGGUAUUGCCACGCACUUUCAAGUCCAUGUGGGGCUUUAAGGACUAGAAAUGUGGUGGUUUUUUAAAAAAAAUGAUUUUUUUUAAUUUUCAGAUUGCUGAAUUCUGUCUUCAGUGCCCAUUUCUGCACAUAGAAAUUGCACAAAAAUACUUGGCCCUACACAUUUUUCUUUCUAAACUAAUUUCAAAACUUUGCUAAUUAUUGAUAGGUUAAGACUGUGAUGUGCAGUUAUCCACCCUUUGAAUAGGAUGGGCUUGCCUUUUCAUAGGAUUCAGUGCGCCCUUGAUCUUUUACACUUCAAGAAUGUGUGGUUUACCAGGUCACUGUCUCAGUUAACAUCAUCUCCCAUAUUUUCUGGCCAACUUCAAUUGUAAUGAAAGGCCUUUGUGCAUGA